AUGCAAGCCCCUUUAUCGACCAGGAAGUCCAAUUCAGGAAUCCUAGAUGCGGCCAAAAGGCCACUUGAAACAGUGAAGGCGGGCGUUUUGAACUCCCAGAGGAGCCUAUAUGCGCUUGGAAGCGAUGCAGUGACAGAGAGUAACGCAUCGCAGGUGUUAAACGCUCGCAAACGUGUGCGUUCCCUCCAGUUUGCGGACGACGAGAACCAAAGGCCAGACAGACUUCGCCUAAACUCUCUUGGUAAAGAGAAUGAAAAGAUCACGAUACCGAGCCGCGAGGAUCUGAGAAGCAACAAGAAGGGUGCAGAGCUGCUGGCAUCGCCUUCGUUUCGGGAGCGGAAUGGCUCAUCUGGCACCUUUGGGCGAAAGGCAAGUCGGCGACAAGGGCGAGGGGGCCUGGCGACGAAGAAGUCGCUAAACCUUAGCAUUUCGUCACAAAGCCAGUGGUCGCGAAGUCGAGAUACUUCUCCUUCGAGAAAUUCUGAUCCAGAAACGCAAUGGACUACUCCAAGAUCCACCUUCUACACACGAUAUAACUCUUCAUCCUCUAGUCGAGUUGCCUUCAGGGACUUGGUCACCCCCUCCCCGACUUUCACCUUCGGCGUCCCCAGCACACCGCCAUCGAGGUCGUCAGACAGGCAUUCGCGCACGUCCGACAUGUUCUUCAACCAUACGGAAACCCCUCCUCCGCUCCCACCUCUCAACCAUCCCGCCUUUAAUUUCCCUUCAAGACCGUUGGAGCCUUCAAGUGAACGGAAGAGUCGCGACAAACCUAUAAAUCAACCUCGACCGGCGCGAUCACUUCCAUCGGUAAAACCAGACAAACGAGCAUCUAGCACCCCACCAUCCAAGAAAGCCAGACGAGAAGCCAAAUCAUCCCUUCGUUCUGAAGCAGAUACGCAUCAAGCUAAAGGAAAAGAACCACAGCGAAGAGGCCACAUGAGGUCUGAGAGUAAAGGUAGUAUCGCCAGUAGCAGAAGAUCGAGUGCAGAGUUCAGUGCCAAGAGGGCAUCGUUGCUUGGUGUUGCAAACGAAGCUGACGAGCCUUGGGAAGUCAAAGUGUCUCGGGAGUUGCUACGCCUGUCUUUGGAACAAAAUACCGUUGAAGGCGAGUUGAAUGACAUGCAUCUGCACGCGGCAGACCUGAGCGUAACCGGUCACGGAGUGAAGGAGGCGAGGCGAGAGGUUUUGGCUCGUCAUUCUCCUUUCAAGGUCAGUAUUAUUACGCGCCCCACAUCCGAUUUCCUCCCUCCUCUUCAAGCACGAACUCAGCACCGUCCUUCAGUGGUUCGAGCGCCGGGGCCUCAACAGCAGCUGAAAUUUCCUUCGAUCGACUCCAGACCUGCGACGAGCAUGUCUGACGCCGAUAUCGUCAAUGGAUCAAGACAAGACAAUGUGAAAGGGACUGGAAGGUCUACUUCGAGACGAGCUGGAAACUCGAGCUCAAAGCACGCUCAACGUACCCCUUCCCCUCCACCACCAAAACUCGGCACUGCAGCCCCUUCGAGUCAAAACAAUCUCCUCGUCCCUCCUUCGCUAUCCUUUACCGCACCAACUCCCGAAGCAUCCCCCAUAUCACCACCUCGCCGAAUUCACGUCAAAUCAUCACCCACUCCGCCCACCAAUUCCCCGACACCCCUGACACCACCGCCCAUCCAGAAGUCGCGCUCUGCAUCUGCGAAACGAAAGGCUGAUGAAGCUGGCGUCGAUGCCAGUACCCCUCCAAAGGAACCCAGAGAGUAUCGAGCCACAUUUGCACCGGAACCUCGCACUCACCGCGCCUCUGCUGCAUCCUCUUCACAUGCCCCCACGUCAUUCCAUCGUAACAAACGAGCACGAAUUUCCCUCUCCUCUGAGCAUUCGCAACACAGCUCCCGCACACCCUAUGGUUCUCUCAUUGGUGACAGCCCAAAUGCAAAGUCCACAGGCUCGUGGUCGAGUCGCGGGAGUCUAAAUCCGGCUCAUUAUUACCAGUCCAGCCGGCCACCUUCCACUAGGGACGCCCAAGGGACUGUCAAUUCUCAUACGCCUCGUCGGUCUGCGUCUCGCCGCAGUAUAUCCAAUCACUCCAUCCCUAUAUCCGCAUACAUGUCGCCUCAUGCGCCUUCGGUGACGCCGUCAGGCACUUUCCAUAUGCGGGACCCACGUAAACCCGCCCGCAUUCAAGAUACCCCAUGGUCGCUCUCGCUUCCGGUCGAGGUCGAAGCUGGUGAGGGGAGAUGGUCAUUUAAUGGUUGGGUUGAUCGUGGAGGAAGCCCUCUGCACGCUUGGCUGUUCUUCAUUGGUUUUAUCAUUUUCCCUCUGUGGUGGCUUGCAGGGUUCGUUAUCCCGAUCCCUAGGACCCGAAGACUGGAAGGCGGAGAUGAAGAAAAGGGAGUCAUCCUUGACGAUCCACAGGUCGAACAUGAUUACAAGUCGUGGAGACGACGCUGCCGAAUCAUGGGAGGCAUCGCCUUUGUCACGUAUAUCCCUUUUAUCAUCCUCAUCGCUGUCUUCGUAUAG